CCCCUCGCAGGGGUCGUGGGCGGGGUCUCUGCCGUCGCUGGGCGCCGCCGUGGGCCCCUGGCUGGGCGGCUGGCUGUCCGACAAGCUGGGCCGCAAGGCCACCGUCAUGCUGGGCGCCGCGCCCAUCGUGCUCAGCUGGGUGGCACUCAUCUUCUGCGAGUACGAACCCGUCUGGCUGUGCGUCGUGCGCUUCGUGUCCGGCCUCGGCGUCGGACUCAUCUUCGCCGCCAUGCCGACCUACGUGGGGGAGAUCGCUCAGGCAGACGUCAGAGGCGCGCUCUCCUCGCUGAUCCAGGUCUCGAUGACGACCGGCUUCAUGAUCGACUACUGCGUGGGCCCGUUCGUCUCGUACACAACACUGGCGAUCAUUGGGAUGGUGACGCCGCUGGUGGCCGUGGCGUGCUUCGCCUGGAUGCCCGAGUCGCCCUACUACCUGCUGGCUGUGGGAAAGGACGCCGCCGCGGAGAAGUCGCUGCGCUGGCUGCGGGACACAGACCGCGACGUCAUGUCGGAACUGCGUCAGAUGAAGAAAGCCGUGGAGGAGUCCAGGCUGAACGAGCCCUCGGUGCUGGACCUGUUCCGGUCGCGCCGCUGCCGCCGCGCGCUGGCCAUCUCUCUGGGCGUGGUGUGCUCCGAGCAGAUCCAGGGCAUCAACGCCGUGCUCUUCUACAGCCAGAGCAUCUUCAUCGCGGCAGGUGGUUCCGUCAGCGACAUCGUGGCGCCCAUGAUCAUCAACGGCACCAUGCUCGUGGAGUCGUGCUUCGCUCCCUUCCUGGUGGACCGGGUGGGACGCAGGCGGCUGCUGCUCUUCUCUUCUACCGGCAUGUGUCUGGCGCUGAUUCCUUUGGGCGUAUUCUUCGUUUUGAGCGACGCAAAGCAGGAUGUGGAGAGUAUCGGAUGGAUUCCCGUCACAGCCCUAAUCUUCUAUAUUAUCGUCUAUACACCAGGUUACGGCUGCCUACCAUUCACGGUAUCUGGCGAAGUCUUCCCACCCAACGUGAAGAUCGUGGCGAUGCCGAUGGCCGCAUGCGUGUCUUGGUUCAUGUCCUUCAUAGUCACCAGGUUCUACGAAGACAUCGCCCUCGCAGUGGGAAACGGCGGUCCCUUCUUCGUGUUCGCGGGAUGCGCACUACUCGUAACGAUUUACGUCUACUUUGUGGUGCCGGAGACGAAGGGGAAGACUCUUGAAGAAAUACAAGAGAUGCUCGGCGAGGAGAAGGGCGCGCCCGUCGGACCUGUGCUGCCAGCGAUCGGUAGUUAGAGAACUCUGCUGUGGGAUAUUCUGUGCCGGGAGCUGUUUCGAUAUGUGGAAGUGUUAAUAGACAGUGGCUUCUUCUUGUGAUAGUAUGUCCAGAGUUGCCAAUACUUCGAUGGAGCACCUCAAGAAGAGGAAG